AUGACCGGCCCACUUCUCCGCUUUGACUUUCCUUCGUCCCCUCUCCUCUCGUCCUCUUCUUCGGAGACAGUCUUCAGCUCAGCCGUACUGAACCGCAUGCCCACAUUACCCCUCCCGCACUCGGCCGCACUCGGGUCGACGACGUCUCUCUCUACCGCGUUGACUGAAUUUUCCCUUCGUACGCCUAUACACCUAGUUCGUGCGGUCCCUCACAUCACCAUCACCAGACCUGCAUCCGACCGAUGGGAGGAUAAGCCACUACCUCCGUUGCCUUCGCCCUCGCCCGCGCCAAAAGGCAUCCCAUUCAACCUUGUCAUGUCUGUCCUCGAAUUUCUAGAGCGGAACGACCGCGACAUGGCUAGUGAACUGCAGCGCGUGCGAAGGAACAUCCAGGAGGCGGAGCGGGAAAUCUCGGAGUGGAAGCAAGAGCGCCGCCUGCGCGACGCCGAAUUUGCUGAUCGGCAGCGAGGGUGUGGUGGCCGCAGCGCAAGCUCGGCGGGUCAUUGA